AUACCUCAGACCACUUCAUCAGUUUUAUUUCGUGAAUUGAAGGAGUUUAUUGCGACUGCAAUUUUUUGUAACCGUCGCGAAAUUGAUCAAAAUAUCGAACAUUGUUCAAUUCUUUUAGCAUUUUCUUAGUAAAAUUAUUAUUAUAGUCUAAUAUGGCAGACAAGAAAGUGACACCUCCCCUCGGAGCCUACCCGCAGCCGCAGCCCCCGCAAGGACCCUUUCUGCCCGCGCCGCCGCAUCAGGCAGCCCCGCAGUAUGGAGUGGCGGGCGGAUCGCCGUACGGAGUAGCCUUCGGCGGGGCGGGAGCGGGUGCCGGCGGCGUGUACGCUCCGCCGCCCUACGAGCAGCUUCAGCACCACCAGGGCAUCCCGGGGUUGGGCCAGCAACUGCCCGUUUACUCGGGCGCAGCGGCCAUGUACGCGGCCGCCGCCGCCGGUUACCCGGGCUACAUCGGCUACCCCGUGCAGUACUACCCCUACUAUCCCAUGCAGCCCUCAAUUCAGCCGCUUAGACCGACCAUCAUGAUACCGAACGGGUUCGAGGCUGGAGGCCGCUUCGAGGGCUUGGCGCAGACGCUGCUGCCCCCCGCGCCCCCUACCGUCCCACCCUCGCCCGCGCACCUCGCCGCCAUUCAGCCCCAUCAAGUGCUAUGGCGUUAAGUGAGAGCGCGGCCGGAACCGACGGCGCCGACUCAGCACAAUCUCGUAUAACUGAAGAAGGACUAUUAGCAAUAAAUAAUAUUAAUUGAUCUCCGCCACUUUCGGUCGGUUGUGACUAAAUUCUCGUCAGAAUCAGACUACUUGCCCGUCAUUGACCUAAAACCUGAAGUCUUCGAAACAGUAUUUAGCUUUAUCUCAAAUAACCUUUUUUUCUAGUUUUGUCUAAUAUCUAUACGAAAGAGCUAAGCACUACGACAUUUAAAAGAGAGUCCUACUUAUACGAGAUUUUAAUGAAAAGAGUAUUAUAUUUUGAAUGAAAAAUAAUUAAAAACAUUUAAGGAAUGCGCUUAUCGUCGGUUUGAUCAGCUUAGCCCGAUAUUUGACUGUGAUGUGUUUUACUUUGCACGUUUAUUCGUCACUCGACUCGUAACGCCCUCUGUUAAGAUGAAUUUAUUGAAACGGGUGCACUUGCUGAAUUAUUUUACAUCGAAAUCAGACAUAUUUCGAGUGAUGAAUAGAACGAGAGAUGAGUGAAGUCCGAGUAAAGAUAGUAUUAAGCGGACUCGUUCCGCUGAAACUAGUUGUAAGCGCGGGUUUGAGUGCUGUUUGUGAAUAAAAUCUCUUUUGAUGUUUUCUUACUUCUCCUAUUUACUAAACAAAAGUUAUUUUUUGUAAAUACUUUGUCACCUGUGAUCCGGAAUACUAUUUCUAUUUAGACAUUAGAGAAACGAACAAUGAACACAAAAACCCGCGCAAUAUUUAGUAAUAUAAAAUGGUAACACUGGUUGUGCGUGACGCGAGCGGUGUGCGAGUGGUAGAAUGAUAUUGUUUCCAUCUCGUUUUGUUUAAUCAUACGUAUGUUUCGUUAAAAAUGUUGUUUAUAUUUGUCUGGUAGAUAUAGUAUUGGAGAAUAUUGUUCGGUCCUUGCCUAAAACUUGCGAUAAAUGGGGGCCCCAUUGAUAGACAAAAACCUACUUUAUCUGCCAUUAAUCUCAAGUAAUGUAAAUGAAUAGAAUGAUCUGGAACAAGUGGGGCUCAGUGGUGUAUGGUUGAUAAAAUUUUGAAUCUCAAAUGUAUUAGGUGAUUAGCUGCUGAAGAGCUUCUGAGAUAUCGGAUUUGCCCGAUUUCUUUGUUCGACAAAUAUAUAAAAUAAAAGUGUUUAGUUUAAAGAAGCAAUUCGCCUUCCAAGGCACUGACAAAGUAUUGACUUAAUUAUUUUGACUUGAAUGCAUUUGAAUAGUAUUGAUGGAACUCGAGCCGAGGAAAUUCCAUUCCAGUGUUUCUUUAAGUCACAAAUGAUUUACAAGUUGUGUUUCAAGGAAUGUUUACAAUAUAAAAUAUAUAAUUUCCAUUAUAGUUAACAUUCCUUGAAUGUGGAAUUAUUAGUAAAACAAUUAUUUCACUUACUAUUAUGAAAGUCUGCAGCAUAUGCAAAAUGUAUUAAUUUAUUUUAAAUGGCAAAGUUUUACUGGUCAUAAAUUAAAAUAAAUUUGCAAUAAAGUAAGUGACAGCUUUUUAAUAUUUAAUUUUUACUCGUGUAUUUUAUAUUGAUUUUUGUUGAUCAUGAUUUUUCGUUGAACCCGUUAUACUUAAAAUGGAAAAGGUAUAACUCGUGCGAUUUGGGAAAAUAAAAAUGUGUAGAUCUGAGAAAUGUUUUUUAAAAAGGCAUUCAAUAUUAACUCCUCACGUUACCACCCAUUUCUCUUUCAAUUAACGGAUGACACGGGAGUAUAUUAAACGUUCACUUAGAACUUAACCUUAAUAAUUCGUUAUCCGUUCGUUAAACCGAGAAUGAGGCAAAUAUGCAUCCCACAUUGCCGGGACCAUAGUUUAAUUCAAUGUUCAAAACCCAGGGAUUAUUUUCUCUUAAUUGAUGAAUUUCUUAUAUGUUCUAUGCAUUUCGAUUAGUUUAUCUACAUAUAAACUAUAAAAUUAAUCCAGACAGGCAAGAAAUCAAAAUUAUUAAAGAAUUAAAUAAUUUGAUAUAGACGGAUUUGCAUGUAGAUAAAUAAUCGAAAGUGAGAAAUAGUUAAUUUGAAGUGAGUAAGUGAAAGUGGGUUUUGCUCAAUCUUGUAUCGACUUGAAAGUCACGUGCAAUAUAUAGCAUAAUUAUUAUUUUGUUUCCAAUAAAAUUAUAAAAAUACA